AGCUUCUCAGGCUUCCCAAGUUAUAUUCAUGGAAUGUUAAAGUCAGUCAGCUUCUCUUAAAUUAGUGAGUCCAUAUUCCACAUUCAUUCUCAAGAGAAUGGCAAAAAUUGAAAGUUAUGGGAGUUUAUAAUAUAAUUAAACGGUAGCGAAAUCUUUGAAGAGACGGAGAGAAUUGAGACGCUGACCGACCAUGCCAACGCCGGAGACGAACACAUCAUCAUCGUUACUGGUUAGCCGGUGCCGGAGACGGCCACUGAAAAGCAAGAGCGCAGAUACAUUUUUUCGCAUUAUGUCCUUUUGCGCUGCCCAUAAUUUACUUACCAUUCCAGAUAAUGGCGAGUCUCAAAUAGGAUCUGAAGCUAAAGAUGACAUUCCCCUGGUUUGCAAUGAUAUUAUCUCUAAUAAUUCACAGUGUCAAAAACAAACGCCUAUAAGUGAAACCCAAUUGGUUCUGGGCACCCAAGAAAUCGGUUUGUUUAACAAAGAUGUGGAAUCAGCUGAAAAUGAUCAUAACAUAUUAGGAGAAAUUACGGAACUCCCUCACAAGGUGGGCAUCAAUCCUUCCAACUCCGUUAAAAUCGUACCUUGUGAUUCAUUACAUCAAGAAGAAAUGCCUAUGGAUAUGACCCAAAUGGUGUUGGAUACCCAAGAAAGGGAUUUAUGUAACAGACAUGUGGAAUCAACUGAAUGUGAUCAUGACAUAUUGCAGAAAAGAAAGGAUCUUUCUUACAAAAUUGAUGCUAAUCCUUCAAACUCCAUUAAUAUAAUAAACCAAGAUCAUGAUAUGAUGAUUUUAUCCCCUCAUUUGCCCACCGAUAAAGAUUUCGAGGAAGGAGAAAUCUCGGGAGAUCUUAUGGAUAAAAUGUCUUUUAUGGAUAUAAUACCUGAAGAUGAUGCACAAUUUGUAGACAAGACAGGUCUUCGGCCUGAAGUUCUACUAGCCACUGAACUGGGACUUGAAAAUGACGAUAAUUUAAGGAUCUUACCUACAAAUACAGUUGAAGAUGUUGGUAAAAGUAUGGUGGGAGUAGUAAAUAAAACUGCAAGAAGUUUGGUAGAUUAUUCUGAAUUAGUUGUUGACUGUAAAUCCAGAGAGCCUGUUAAGAAAGUUACUAUCGAACAGGUGCUACCGCUUCACAGCAAUUUAAAAAACAGUGCAAUCAAGAAUCAGAAUCUCGCAUAUCCGAUGAAGGACACUGGUGCUCAAAAUAAGAAAAAGAGGCAGGGAUGUUGCACCAAAAAAGAAAGAACAAAUAAAAAGCCCAAGAAGUCUGUUUACUCAACACCUUGUCUUGAAACCCUAACAUCACUUGGUGGUCUCCCUGAGGAUGCCUCUCAACAAGUUGUUGAUGCUUUUAAGAAUGAGGAUGCUUCUAAUGUGAAGAAAAAGAAGCAGGUGACCAAGGAAAUAAAAGCGAAGAAAAAGCGGAAUGACAGAAUUAGACGAGCAGAAAAGAAUAGAAAGCUUGGUGUCAAAAGGCUAAAGCUUCAACCAGUGAUAAAAGAGAAGAAAGUUACAUACUGUCGCCAUUAUAUGAAUGGAAGAUGCCAUGAGGGUGAGAAGUGUAAAUUCUCUCAUGAUACCACCCCCUUGACAAAAUCUAAGCCCUGCUGUCAUUUUGCUCGUCAGGCUUGUAUGAAAGGCGAUGACUGUCCUUUUGAUCAUGAACUCUCCAAAUAUCCCUGCAAUAAUAUCCUCUCCAAAGGAUUUUGCAACCGUGGUCCAGAUUGCAUGUUCUCUCAUGAGGCCCAACCAGCUGAAGGUUCUUUAAGUGUUUCACAUGAAUCAAAGCUUGAACCAACCCCUCCUUCAACUUCGGGUGCUAAAAAGAUAGACACGAAAACUUGUUCAGUUUCUAAAUCUGUUGCAUGUAACCCUGAACCGAAAUCUGCUAAAAUUUCCCCAAAAGUAUAUGCACGACCACCAAAAGGUAUAAGCUUUCUCUCUCAAGAAAAGUUACCAGUAGAUGCCCACUCGUCUCCUAAGAUAGAUGCUGGGGUUAAAGAAAUUGCGCAAACUCCCCCUUCAGUUCAAGAUCCCAAAGAAAUUAGCAGAACACGCCCUGCAGUUCCACAUGGAAUAAACUUUCUGUCAUAUGGUAAAAAACCUAGCUUGGACCAUUCAAAUGGUAAAUUUCCUUUCAACAUUAGCAGCGGAAUUGGAAAGUCUCAAUUAAGUAACUUGGAAGGCGGUGAGGGUUUGAAGUCUGAUUCUGCAGUAAAUGUGGUCAAUGGAGUCGAUAUUGAUCUACAGACAAAUAGAUUGAACUUUAACCUUCAGAAAGAUAGACCAAGUUCUUUUCAAAAACUGAUGCCUAUGUUGCCAUUGAUGCCAAGUAUAUCACAGCGAGCGCUUCAGUCAACAUUAGCUUUUGCAUCUAAGUUCGAGUCCGGUUUGAAGUUGAAACAUUGACCAUUAUGAUUUUUGGCAAUAUGCAUCAGCAUAACUUCUACAAUGAAGAAUCCUAAGCAUGGGAGUUGUGAAACGUCAUCAAAUUUUCUCUAUGAUUGGGGUAUUCCUCCAGCGCAGCCAACAUGUGGAUCGAUAAACUAGACUUGGUUAUGGUUUUUCAUCUGGUGUUUUGUGGAAGACCAACUGCUGGCUGAUUUUGGCUGUUGUAAAAUGAAAAUAUUGACCUUCCAUUUCUUCAGAGUCUGAAAACUUGCAGAUUUUUUCAUUUUACCGAGGAACACGCAGAAAAUAGAUUUAUAACAGAUUAUACGCAGCCUAACCGAGGUAUAUCAUGGUCGUUUUGUAAACCUUUCCUGCCACCCGCAAGUUAACAGCAAGGAGUGAAGUCAUUAAAACGACUUUCCCACCCACACAUGGUUACCUUUGAUAAAACGACUUCUUCCAACAACACCAACAAAACAACAAAUCUUGGGUCUUGUGGUGAUGCAUCGGAUGAGGUUUAAAACCUAGUUACAAUUGAAAUACCCAAAUUAGAGCCCCUAGAAGUAAAAUCGUACUUUCAGAAGAUACCAACACAUGCAACUGCUACAUGAUCAAACUUGGCUUAAUCAAUGCUUAACGAGAGGCACCAAACAAACCUAGACAAUACCUUUUUCCUGUAUAUGCAAAUCUAAUUACAAAUGAUAAU